AUGAUUGCACGACAGACACACCAAGCCUCGACGGCACAGGCUUCUCUGGAGAAGAUCUUGCGCGACCAAGCAAAGAACCGACCGAGCCUCAGCAGCAGUCAAGGCUCGAACUACGAGAGCACACCCUCGAGGGAAGACGCUGUUAUUGAAAAUGUUUUGUCCUGCGUUACUGCAAAGCCAACACGAUCCACACUCAGCAACGAUAGCUACAGCAGAGAGGAGCGGAUCCGGAGCUUUGUCGAAUAUGCUACAUGUAUCGACUACCAAGUCAAGCCAAGGGUAGGUCUCUCGCAAGAAGAACGUCAAUACUUUGCGCGCAUUAACGACUGGAUCCUGGAAUGUCACAGUAUCCUUCUCCACCCAACGCAGGACGAUCGAGAGAAGAGUCGACUUAUCAACUACAUCUGGGGCCACGUCCACGAGCCAUCCUAUCGAGCAAACAUAAGACCGGAAUAUACCGUGCGGGCCAUCACCAGAUUCUUCCAGUAUCAGGUGUCUGGCAAGUACAAGGGCUGUGUCUGGGAAGUCAUGAAAGAUAGAGGCAUCGGCGCACUUGCCCACAAGUUGAGUACUGACAUCUACGAGCUGAUCCCUGCUGUCUUCAAGUGCCGCCCUUCGGAUCUUGGGAGCUCUGUCCUGCGCCACGCUAAGAGCUGCCGAGACGACUUCUUCCUUGCUGUCAAUCGACCGGAUGAGGUGCCAUCGUGUCCGGAUGCUUGGUCCUAUCACAAGCAGGUCUGGUUCAGGCCCAAUCAGAUUGGUAAAGAGAUAGCUAGAGAGAUAGCUGCGGUCGAAGGGAAGGUGAAGGUAGAAGGAAAGGUGGAGGCAGGAACGUGUGCAAUCAUGUAA